AUGUUAUCUCUCUUCAAAUAUUCUGCAGUUCUGCAGACCAUCAAGGCGCGUGAGCACUGUCACAGAUUGAAGAGAGAGAAGAAGAAGAUGUUCAAGCAUGAGAAGACAGAUUGUAAGACAUAUUAUAAUACCUUGAAGAGACUCUGUAAGAAACAGAAGCUGACAGAGGAGGAGGGGAUUGAGGCCUUGUUCAGGUCUCAAAUGCACUCCAUGAUCCAGGACAUUGAGAAGGCAGCCCUGCUCUCUAGGCAUGUCAAUCUGCUUACUGCUGAGAUGGAACCUGAGACAGCAGACCAGGAAAUGCAGGAUUUUAAGGCACAGAUUGACCUGACUAAGAAGAAGCAGUGA